GCAGGGUCAGGGGCGGGAAGAGGCCUCCAGGAGCCCUAGUUUUCCUGAGUCAGGAGCAGCCAGGAAGAAGAAGAGGAAGGGGCCCAGACUCCCUUCUCCUUUGUGCAAGACUCCCUUGUUUUGCAAGGGCUCCUUUUGCAAGAAUCCAGAGCCAUUUGCAAGGUCUCCAGCAGAUCACCAGCCAAAAUGUUGGAUCUUACUGAAUUAGUGAAUAUCGAUGUGACUGUGGCGUUUGUUUGGUAUGCAGUCCUUCUUAUUGUAAAAAUGAUGCUGAUGAGUGCCUUAACAGGAAUGUUCAGAAGAAAGAAAAAGGCAUUUGCUAACCCCGAAGAUACAGCUUUAGUUGCUAAAGGAGAGAGUGCAAAAAAGUUCUUGAGGACUGACCCAGAUGUGGAGCGUGUGCGCAGAAUCCACCUCAACGACCUUGAGAACAUUGUUCCAUUUCUUUUCAUUGGAUUCUUCUACUCUUUCAGUGGUGUUUCCCUCUCCACUGCCUUGCUGCACUACAGAAUAUUCUUUGGUUCUAGAGUUUUCCACACCAUUGCCUACCUUAUACCCCUUCCCCAACCCUGCAGGGCUUUGUCUUGGUUUGCAGGGUACUUAGUUACCUUUUCAAUGGUGUAUAAGCUUGUGAUGGUGGGUCUGAGCACAUAAUAAGAAAGAAAACCUCCACUCAUGGUCUAAUCACUGUGGGUUUCAAAGUUUCUGCCUUUGAGAGAACCUUUUUUAUAGAUUAAUUUUCCAGAUCUGCCAAAGGUAUGCUAAGCAUUGUAGGACAUGUUCUAGAGCUGUGGCCCUCAACAAUAGAUCUCCAGAUGUUGUUGGACUUCUGUUCCCAGAAACCCCCACCAGAUGCACCAGCUCAGUGCUAGGCAGCCAUUUUGAACCUCACUGUCACUCAUUUGAAAUGAGAGUAUGGCCCAGAACAUUUCUGAUACUGUCCUGCAGGAGCAUGUUCCAUGGAAAAUUGGAUAACGGUAAGCAAAUGGCCUUUCAAGAGAAUAUGUCCACUGCUACUGCCUUAUUUACCACUGUAAACAACACACAUCUUGCAUGCAGAAGUUCCCAAUUUGAUCCCUGACAUCUCCAGAAAAAACAAAAGGGGUGGGAGGAGAAGAUCAUACAGCAGGUAUUGGCAGAAACAUCUGGCUAAGACCAGGGGGACCCAUUGCUAGCCAAAGCAAAUGAAACUGGUCUGUGGUAGCCAAUGGUGAAAUCAGUAUAAAGCAGCUACAUAUGUUCAAGUAAUCCCCUGAUAAGGUUCUAAGGAUCCAGGUUUGCCAGAACUUUGUUUAAAGCUAGUGCUUUAUUAGAUUCUUCAAAUAUAUUUCUCUCUUGCCUACCCUCUUUCAUCAAUAAAAAUCACCCAUUUCUUUAGCUGUUUUUGUUUCAGAAAGGUUACUUUUUAGACUAAAAUAUUUUGCAUCUUUCAGGCAACAUAGCUGUGUUGAGAUACUUCUUUAAACUAACACUUAGUCCUGACACCUGUGGGUACUCCCAGCUUACGUAGAUGCAUUGAAUUCAUUACUGAAUGGUGACUUAAUGUUUAUAUAAAUCUUAUAGAUUCAAUAUGUCUGCUCUAGUUGGGAUUACCAGCGGAUUCAAGAGUUAGCAACUUUACAGAAAGGUAGCUUUAUACUGAGAUAUCUUCUAACUCAGAAGGUAAUUUAGGGGCUAAACAGACUGGCAUUUGAGUCCAGCCUUAGGGCAAAGUGGGGGCGUGGCAUCCAUACACCGCAUGUCCCAACGCUGCCCUGAUGCCGUCAGUUCAAGUGCCCAACCACAUGCCAGGGGUGUCAUGGUGUUCCUUUGGCGCAGUGUUUAGACAUGCUGCACCAAAGGAGCACUGAAAACUUGCCGCCGCGGUGACAAUGGUGCCUUUUUGCCAGUGCUAAAAGGAGUGGAAUUUUGCCAUUCUUUUUAGCACCGGCAAAGCGCCAGAUUGGGGCUGUGAUGUGUGAUUGGCACGGCCCUGAUCCAGCGCUGAAAGGGAUGGUGCGGAGCCGCUUCUUUGGGGCGAUCUGUAGACCCCCAUUGUAUUGUUGAGACCUGUCUUCCCCAACCUGGAACCCUCCAGUGGUUUUGGACUAUACAUCCCUGACCAUUGGUCAUACUAGCUGGGACUAAUCGGAAGUUCUACUCCAGAACAUCUUACAGCCAUCAAAUCUUCUACCUCUAAUCCACACCAGUUGGUAGUGACUCCAUGGUUCCCCUGAUAGCAGACUUUUUUAGCCCUUGCUGGAGAUACCAGGGAUUUAAAUUUGGACUUUUUGUAAUCCCAGUAUGCUCUGUAACUGAGCUAUAAUCUCCUCAAAACCAGUCUUUGUUCAGAGCAGCUACGAUUUUUCAUUUCAUUGCUCUUUUCACCUCCUGUAUGACUGCUGCUUUGAUUUACCUGUUUUGUGUGUGUUCAGUUUCCACAUUUAAGAUUUUUUGGCAUUAUUGGCUAGGAUGUCUAGAGAAACAUUAUAAGGUAAUCCAAUGUAUUUUCAAUGGCAAUUUACUGGGAGCAAACAAUGAAUUGGGCCUGGGUUGUAUUAUAAAUGUUAACUGUGUUCUAAUCUGCCCAGCAGAAAUAAUGCAGUUUGACACUGCUUUAACUGCCAUGGAUCGGUGCUAUGGGAUUCUCAGAUCUGUUAUUUUGUGAGAUAUUUAGCCUCCUCAAUCAGAGAGCUCUCGUGUCACAACAAACUACAAAUUCCAGGAUUCCAUAGAACGGGUCCAUGACAAUUAAGAUGGUGUCAAACUGCAUUAUUUCUGCAGUGCAGAUCAGACCUGUAACUCCCAUCAGUCCCAGCUAGUAUUGCCAAGGAAUGAUGGGAUUUGCAGUCCUGGAGCAUCUGGUGGGCUGCAUGUUCCCCAUCUCUAUACUAAGAGAUGGGCUUCACUUUUGUGAUCUUUCUUGUGACCUUUUAAAUGGUUGCAACAUUUGGAACAAAAUUGAGGACUAGGUGGAUUCUUAGUAUGAUGGAUCAAGAUACUGUAGUUCUCAAGUGUGAUCAUGUAGCUGACUUUUCCAAGUGGUAGGUGACUACAUUUUUGAGAAUUGUUGGUUUUGUAUUUUCCACACUAGGUUAAAAAAUGCCUCACUGGUAGCUACAUGAUAGUGUCAACUCACCCACAUGCUAGAGUAGUCCAGAAAACCCCAACAUUGUGGAAAGGAGACCCCUCUCAAUCCAAGAGGCAGCCCUACAGCAAAUAACGGUGGAAUAUGCAUUUUCUCUCUUAUUCUGGUGUAGAGAAAGUCCAAAAUCUUUAUAACAAAUGGACAUAGAUCCAAUUGCUUGGCAUAGCUACAUUAGGUUCACUAAACCAAUGGUAAAUCAAAUCUAAUUUAUUUCAUGGACUCAUUGGGUCUACUGAAGUUGCGAUCAGCCUCUAGAUUUAGGCCAUGAUAACAAGCAUAAUACACGAGAAACAAAUGCUGAUAGUAUAGUGUGAUUAAGCCCUCCCUGAGAUGUUGGUAUUUUUAGGAGUGGCCACUGUUGGAUGUACUGUAUUCUUGAUUCCAGACCUGUGGCCCUCUCUUCACCUCACACAUUCACCUGAGCCCACUAAUAAAGUUCAAAAUCCAUGUUGUUUGAACAUGAAAUCCCCAGAAUUGUUGAGCAGAUGCAGUCAAAUCCAUUGUGUUAAUUGUUACCUGGGUAGAUGUGCCCUUUGAGGUGACUGCAGAAAGCCACUCAGAGGUUAGUAGAAUGAGUUUUCAGAAAAAAUGUAAGAGUCUGUUUUAUAUUCCUUAGCUUUGCAGGUGUUUAGGAUGAAUUUAGGCUGGCUCUUAGUCCAGUUUCUAGUAGUUUUGGGUAUUGGGAGCAACAUUUUCUAAUUACUGUUGAAGAAACAAAAUGUUUUUCUUUUGCCUUCACAUAUAGCCUAACCUCGGUAUGAUUGGAGUCACUUGUACAAGUUUUUAAAGACUUUUAAUGUGCAACAAAUCAACAACUGUUUAUUGAUGGCAUGUAUGUAUGGUAAUUUUCUACAGAUGCUAUUUUGGGAUAUCUCUUUUUGAAGCCUAUGUAAUAAACACAAGAGCAAAAAGAAAAAAAA